AAAAUAGACGAAAAAAGUGUGAAUUAAAAAUUGGCGGCAGUAUAUAAACUGGGGGUUGCAUGAGAAUUAGAAAUUUCUGGACUCGUGCCGGAGUAAUAGUACCUCAGUACCAUCUCGAACUUCCCCGAGCAGAUGAUAAAAAUCAUGUUCCCAGUACCACUGUACCAGAAGUAACAGAACCCUAAAAAUCUUCCUUUACGAGCAACGAAAUCAGCACCCUUUUAUAAUCGGAGACAAAAAUGGAUCCACAGACAGCGUUGGAGUUGGUUAAGCACGGAGCUACUCUUCUACUGCUGGACGUUCCCCAGUAUACACUUAUCGGCAUUGAUACUCAGAUGUUUUCUUCGGGUCCGAAUUUCAAGGGCAUUAAAAUGAUUCCUCCUGGUGUUCAUUUUGUGUACUGUAGCUCAUCCAAUAGAGAAGGCAAUCAGUUCUCGCCGAUUAUUGGAUUUUUUGUGGAUGCUCAGCCCUCUCAGGUGAUUGUUCGGAAAUGGGACAAAAAUGAAGAACGGCUCACCAAACUCUCAGAAGAAGAGGAAGAGAGAUAUGGUGAUUCAGUGAAAAGAAUGGAGUUUGACAGACAACUGGGACCUUAUACCUUAAGCGCAUAUGGGGAUUGGAAGCGAUUAUCUAACUACAUCACAAAGGACACUAUUGAACGCAUUGAACCAAUUGGAGGGGAAAUUACAGUUGCAUGUGAAGUUGACAUGAUUGGAAACAGUCCCAAGACAGCAAUGGAAAAAGCUUUAGCUGAGCAAUUAAAGACCCGUAAGUUUUCAGAGCCAGGAGAAAAUUCUCAAAGGAAGGGUUGUUACUACACACCAAUUCCGCGCCUUAUCAAGCACAAAGGAAUUUGUGCGGAGGAGCUAACCAGUUUGAAUCUUGACAAGACCCAGCUACUGGAGAGCUUAUUGGUGCAAGAUUAUGGUGGUACAGAAGACUUGCUUCUAGCAGAGCUGCAAUUUGCAUUUAUUGCAUUUCUGAUGGGGCAGUCACUGGAAGCAUUUAUGCAAUGGAAGCUCUUAGUUAGCCUCUUACUUGGUUGUACAGAAGCUCCUCUACGGACGAGGAGUCAGCUUUUCACAACGUUCAUUAGAAUCAUCUAUUAUCAGUUGAAAUAUGGAUUCCUAAAGGAUCAUCAGAAUACUGCUAUUGCAGAAAAAGGGGCUCUAGCCUUGUUGGAUGAAUCUUGGUUAUCUGCUGAUAGCUUUCUACACCACCUUUGCAAGGAUUUCUUUUCAUUAGUCCUAGAAGCUCAGGUGGUGGAUGGAGAACUUUUGUCUUGGACUAGAAAACUGAAAGAGCUGCUGGAGGAUUCUCUGGGGUGGAACUUCCGGCAAAAUAGUGCUGUUGAUGGGAUGUACUUUGAGGAUGAUGACGAGUUUGCUCCGGUGGUUGAGAUGUUAGAUGAGUCAUUUAAUGAUGGUGCCCCGGUUUCAUAGAAGCGAGCCGAAACGUGCAUCACUUUAGCAUCUGGAAUCACUCAAAAAGACUUUAAGCUUGCUUGCAGGAAAGCAUCGAGUGAGCCCUUGUUUCAGUUUGUGCCUUUAGUUUUCACUGACAAAAUGUGGUUUUGAAACGCUUUAACAUCAUGCUAUACUUUUGCACAUAACCAUCUCAAUGUACAUUCUUCUUUUGUAGCUAGACUCUCCAAAUCUGCCUAGGCUGGUACUCCGAAGCGUUGAUCUGAUUUUUGAGUUUCAGCGAUGUUUUCAUGUCAAGUCUUUUCUGUACUACUCAUAUUUAUCAUGCUUAACUUACACUGCGUGUACAGUAAUUUCAUGAA